AUGGCUGAAAAGUCCUUUGGGUGGCUCUCAGAAGCGGUAAAAUGGCCCUCCCUCAUAUUCUUUGCCGUGUUCGAUAUUGCUCUCGUCGUCGCAAUUGUUAUUCUGUCUGUCAAAUCAUCUACUGAACAUGGCUUUAUUGGAAUCCCAUCACCUAAAGUCACAGCGACUAGGUUGCAGGCUCUGCCUUGGAGAGACCCUGUUCACUUUAAUGUCUCUUUUGAUAUUGGAAUUCUGUGGACUACACUACCUAAUCUUGUUUUUGCUCUCUUCGCUGCUCAUUGGGCCUGGAUAGCCUGUGCUAUAGCCGAACGCCAACCGUACGUUGAAUUGCGCGCAAGAGGAGGCGCCGAAGCAAGGAAGUCGAUCUUGUUGGAUUACCGCGUUACUCCGGUGGUUUUUCGCUGGCGAGCAGCGUUUCGAAAAUCUCACAAUGCAAUUGGAGCAAUGACACUACUAUCUGUGAUGUUAACAUACAUCACAGCGCCUUUCGCUGCGCGUCUGUUCACGACUCAAGUUAUUUCCGUACCAAAAACAAUACCAAUUGUAUACGACACCGAGUUCAAAGGCAGCAACAUGAACGCGAUGAUUGACUGGCGGCCGGUUCUCAAUGUUGUCGCUGCCACUCUACUCUACCAAGGGAAAAACAUUGCUUGGACAAACGACCAGUACGCGUUGCGACCAUUCUCCAACCAGUCGAGCAUACCAGCAUCAGCAGACAUCGAGGCAAAAUCUACUGGGUUCGCUUCAUAUGUGAAUUGCGAAUUAAUAAAGGAUUACACAAUCACAGUCAACAAGAUAUCCAACUCAGAAGCAGGCAACGUUGUGGUAUCCGGAAAUGACAGAGGUUGCAAUUUUACGCAAAAAUUCUCAGUCAGUAGUAAACAGAAGACAUAUCUGAAGAGCACCUCAGUCAUUGACUGUUCUGCUCAAGCUUACUACAGUCGCAUGGUAUUCUCAGCUGGAACAUACUCUGCUUCAUCCUCAAACCUGCUCGAUGAUAUCGGUGUCAUUUCCUGUGCGACAGGGUAUCGCCAAGUCGACGGCAACCUGAAGGUUUCGUCACUCAACAUAUCUUCAAGCGUCCACUCAUUUGACGAAACAGGUCAUCCAGAUACUAGUCGGCCAUAUUAUUGGAGAAAUUUCGAGCAAGGUAUCCUUGGGCCAGUCACCUUCAAUCCUCAAGCAUCUUCGUCCACGUCAGACAUGGCUAGCUUAAUCUUGUCCUAUGCCAAGAACCUACGACCUUCGCAGCCGCUGAGUCCAGAAGUAUUGAUCCAAUCAAUAUCAACUGUCUACAGUGCCACCUAUAUCAAUGGCGUCGAAAUCCAUGGCUUCAGUCCAGUUUCGGAGCCUGAAAUAAACACUGGUGAAGCUUUCAUUCCUACAACCCGUCUAUUUGUCGUUCGAUGGGUUGCAUAUAUCGUUUUGAUAUUUUUACUCGUGGCAUUAUUUUUUGAUGUUUGGGCAUCUAUCUACGUUUAUAAACGUCCUAGCAUCCUCACUGAAGAACCACAAGGUCUUUUAUCAGAGGCUGCGAUUCUACACAAGAGUGGCAUUCUCCGUAUUAUUUCAAGCAUACAUAACGACCCAGACUUCAAUGGCGAGGUUCGUCAAACAGGCAAGAAUUACACUGAGGUGAAGGAUAAGAAAUGGAUGGCUACAAAGGAUGAUAAAUCCAACCAGUGGGUUAUAUCAUCGAUUUAA